CGAUUCACCUGUUUGAAAUGUAACGAUUCUCCAAACUUGACUCGCUGAAUUUUUUAAUUGGACCGUGUAAAUGUCGGGUGAGUUGAAAUAGUGUCGGCGUACCGGCGUCUUGAAGCACGAGGUUGCCAAAAACUUGCGCAGAUGACGACACGCAUAGUCAGUUAUUUGGCAACAUCGCAAGUGGCUGUAGAGACUGAUAUUUUUUUUAAUUUAUUGAUGCAUUUUAUUGAGAUGAUAUUUAUUUAGAGCAUACUUCCGUCGUUGAAGGGUUACAUGGAAAUUUAGCAAAACAUUAGAAUGGAAGUAGAGCGACAUUUUUUUUUAGAAUUUUACGGUGGCUUUUGUAAUUUUUUCUUUCAAAAUAUCAAACGGGUGACAGCUACUUGCUCCAAAAGUACUGUUGAGUAAAUAUUUAUUUUUGUUUAUCAUUGAAGGCUUUGAUUUAAAAAAAAAAAUUAUGUCUGAGAAAAGAAAUAUUGAGGAGACUCAUGAUAGCGAUGAUGAGUGGGUUGGUCCAACACCCAGUGAAGCUGCUCCAGUAAAAAAACAAAAAGUUUUGGAGUAUGAACAAGUUUAUAUUAACAAUUUACCUUCGAGCGAGUGCUAUGAAAAGUCUUACAUGCAUAAAGAUGUUGUGACACACUUGUUGGUAACAAAAACAAACUUCAUAAUGACUGCAAGUUCCGAUGGUGCUGUUAAAUUUUGGAAAAAGCAGGAUGAGUCAAUAGAGUUUGUAAAAAAUUAUAAAAGUCAUACGAAGGCUAUAAAAGGUCUAGCAGGAAGUUAUGAUGGAGUUUUUGCUGCUACUGUAGGUCUUGAUCAAGUUUUAAAAGUUUACGAUGUUACUAAUUUUGAUAUGAAUAAUAUAAUCGACUUAUCAUACGAACCAUCGUGUGUCGAGUGGGUUUACUCAACUGGAGAUGCAAUACCAGCUAUAGCUGUCGCUGAUCAAAAUUCAUCAAAAAUUUACGUAUACAAUGGACAAGAAACUAGCCAAAUCCUCCAUGUUUUUGAACAUCUUCACCGUAAACCCGUUAUUGUAAUGAAGUUUAAUGUAGCUUACGAUACUUGUAUAUCAAUUGACCAAGCCGGAAUACUGGAGUACUGGACGGGCCAAAAAUCUCAGUACCAGUUUCCAAAAUCAGUGUCUUUCGAAUCUAAAUUAGACACUGACUUAUUUGAAUUUGCUAAGAAUAAAACUUGUCCAUGUGGAUUAGCUGUUUCUCUUGAUGGCAAACGUUUUGCGACGCUGAGUAGUGAUCGUAAAAUACGGAUAUUCACUUUUUUGACCGGUAAAUUGUACCGAGUGUUUGACGAAUCCUUACAAAAGUUCAGUGAACUUCAACAAAUGACACAGCAGCUUCCAAAUAUGGAGUUCGGUCGAAGAAUGGCAGUUGAACGUGAAUUAGAUAAAACGAAAACUAAUUUAGGCAAUAUAAUUUUCGAUGAAUCUGGCUAUAUAAUAAUGUACAGUACCAUGUUGGGAAUAAAAUUAGUAAAUAUAUAUACAAAUCGUUGUAUACGAAUAUUAGGAAAACCCGAAAAUCUUCGGCCAAUGCAGCUAGCAUUAUUUCAGGGUAAAUCACGUCAAACAGGAGUAGCUGUGACAGUUGAAAUGCAAGCCGCAGAUAAUCCAACGCUCGAUCUAAUAAAACCCGACCCGACACUUUUUUGUACAGCGCAUAAAAAAAAUCGAUUCUACUUAUUUUCACGGCGUGGACCUCAAGAAGUAGAAGGACAAGAGAAUGAUAGAGAUGUCUUCAACGAAAAACCGUCCAAAGAAGAUAUUAUUUCCUCAACUGAAGCCAGUAUUAUGCAAAAGAUUUACGACACAGCUAUUAUUCACACAGCUCUGGGUGAUAUUCACGUAUCAUUAUUUGGCAAAGAUGUUCCCAAGACCGUUGAGAAUUUCUGUGUACACUCGAAAAAUGGAUACUAUAACAGCCACAUAUUUCAUCGUGUUAUUAAAGGGUUUAUGAUCCAAACGGGUGAUCCUACUGGAACUGGAACUGGUGGUGAAUCUAUUUGGGGUGGAGAAUUCGAAGAUGAAUUCAAGCCCCAUUUGAAACACGAUAGACCUUACACGUUAAGUAUGGCUAAUGCUGGAGCUAAUACCAACGGCAGUCAAUUUUUUAUAACUCUGACACCAACGCCUUGGUUAGAUAAUAAACAUACGGUAUUUGGACGAGUUAUUAAAGGAAUGGAAGUUGUACAAAAUAUAAGUCAAGUUAAAACUAAUCCGAAGACAGACAAGCCUUAUGAUGACAUAAGAAUAAUUAGCAUCACUGUUAAAUAAAUAAAUUUUUAUAUGUUUGUAUGCCAAGCAAGUGUCCUUAUGUAGUAAGAUCAUCAUCAACGCGUUCUAUCAUGUUACCUUCUCGAAUCAAAGAGCUUCCAAUACCACAAACAUCACCGACAUUUCAAUGUCAUCCAACAUCUCCACAACGCACUUGUUUAACAAGUAUACUAAGACCAUAUUGUCCUCGUGAUCAUCAAUAUCCCCAGCGAUAAAUGAAAUUUAGAUACCGAAAAACAUUUAUGUAAUCAAUUUACCCAGAACAUCGAUUCCUGGUGUUACUAAUUGAUUAGCAAAUUAUCAUUUUCGCUAUCACUAGUUUAAAUUAUUAGUGUAAAAAUAAAUAAUAAAGUUAAAUCAUUAAAUGGA